AUGACUGAGAUUUUCGCUAAUACCAGUUUCUCAAGUGCGGAUCACGAAGACUCUGAUGACGAUGAAGUCACUAACCAUUUUAGAAAGCGUAAUUGGGAAUGGGCUCGGGAUGAAUGUUUCGUGUGCCACCAAAAAAGUGCACGCUUUAUACGAAAUGCAACACCUAAGAGCAAGCUUAAAGUUAGUGGCAAAGGAGCGAGUGGCUUAAGGAAAUGUAGUUAUCCUCAAUGUCCUGUUCUGUUUCACGACCGAUGUUACCUCAAUUUCUCUGAAGGUGAUUUUUUACCGAGUAUGCACGUUCUUGAUGCGUUUGGAGAACCAUGUUUUGAUCCGAUUAUUCAAGGCAAAAAGUGGAUUUGUCCUCAGCACGAGUGUAAUGCUUGCCACCAAGAGCUAUUACGCACAAGGUCACAGCUAGGUGCAGUUAUAAGUUGUGUGGAAUGCAUUUUUGCGUGGCACCGCUCCUGUGUACCAGUGGGCUCUCACCACGUGAACCGCUUUCAGGAUAAGUGUGUUCUCUGCCCUCGUCAUAGUGACUUGGAGAAAAAAUCAAGAUUUAAUAUGCCGUAUUGCGUUGUUUGUGAUAAGAAAUUAAUGGAGAAUAAAAUAAAAUGUGAUUCGUGUAUACGGUCUUUUUGCGAAGAGUGUUGGGCAAAAGAUAUAAAAAAGAAAAAACUAAGAAGGACUCAUAACAGUAGUGAAGAUAGAUUCGUUUGUGGCUUUUGUAUAUGCGUUGACCACCCAAGGAUUGGAGAUUAUGUGCUUGCUCUCUCAGGAAGAAAACUAUAUCCUGCAAAAUCUCUUCAUGCCGAUCAAAUUCCUUCAUCCUUGUUGCGGAAAUCCGAUUUGGUUGAGAAAUUAGAAGAGCCUGGAUACGUGCUGAUACGAUGGAUUGAGGGACUUGAAGUGCCAAAUUAUGCUGUUGUUUCCUAUAAGCACCUCGUGCCGAUGCCAAAGUCAUUCUCUUGUUUUAUUUGGAAAACGCUAAAGAAGUGUGGAAACAUUUAUUCAGCUGUUGACGAAUUAUACAAAAAGCAAGAAGUUUGUUUCGGUUUAGAUCGCUCGCUGCCUGUUGAAGUAAAGAGAGUCAAAUCAGUCCCUUACAAAAAAAUUGAGGUAUGAUU